CCGUCGAGAGAAGCCGAGUGGACAUCAUGGCGGGAUUAAUGAAAUCUCAAAAUGGCUUUAACAUCGAAACUGUCAGAGUCAAGUUAAUUUUAACUGCCGUGGUUUUUUGUCUUCAGUUUGUUCAACAGACGUCAGGUACCCUUCGUCCAAUCAUAGACGUUAAAGAUGGACAAGAGAUUAAAAUUCAAGGAGCUCAACAUUUUUGUUAUUAUAACCCCAUUUUACCUGGAUGGAAGGAAACAUGGACUAGAAUACAGGUGAGAGUAUGGAGCACUAAAAUGCUGAAGGUAACAGUGGUUAAAGAUGAACUGGACCUGCAGGAGCUCGAGCAUUUCAGCAUCUGGCAGCUCGUGCAGUACUUCAUCCGUGAACAGACCAACGAGACCACCGUGAGCAUCAGUCUCUUUAACAACAAGACCUGUUUCCGCGUGGACCCCUCGGACUCAUACACAUUUUAUACAGUACACCCCAGUCGACAUUUUGACAUCUGCCUUUUUUUGGUGUUUCUGGCUGGAGUGCUGCUAUUCUUCUUUGCAGACAUGCUCAGCAGGAGUCAAGUGUUCUUCUACUCUGCGGGCAUGAGCACUGGCAUGAUUGCCUCCCUAAUCAUCGCUGUCUACGUCAUUGGCCGCUUUUUACCAAAGAAAAGCCCUGUCUAUGUGCUGAUAAUGGGAGGCUGGUCUUUUUCUCUUUACAUCAUCCAACUGGUGUUCCGCAAUCUGCAGCUAAUUCUUAGAGAGCACUGGCAUCUGGCUAUUGGUUAUGCCACUGUCAUCGGGUUUGUCAGUUUUGCAGUGUGUUAUCGCUAUGGCCCUCUCGUGGAGGAGCGAAGUAUCAACAUCCUGUCCUGGACGCUGCAGAUAUUUGGACUUCUCUUCAUCUAUGCUGGAAUUCAGGUUCAGCAAGUAGCUUUUGCUAUUAUGCUGGCUGCGCUCUGCUCCAAGAACCUGGACUACCCUUUAACAAUGGCCCUCACAUUGUAUAGGAAACUUAAGCCAAGGAAGCCAGAGCCACGACGUCUGCUGACUGAAGAGGAGUAUCAGAGACAAGGGGAGGCAGAGACUCAAAAAGCUCUAGAGGAGCUCAGAAAUAACUGCAGCAGUCCAGAGUUCAACACCUGGAAGACUGUGUCUAGACUCCAGUCUCCUAAAAGGUUUGCUGACUUCAUCGAGGGCUCUCCUCAUCUGCUGUCCAAUGAGGUUUCUGUUCAUACCCAGGAGUACGGACUGGAUGGAUCGUUCUUUGAAGAUGAGCUGUUUUCCACCGAUGAAGAAGAAAACCAGGAGGAGGAUGGAUGGGAAACAAAUGAUGAUGUAAAGCCAGAAGUAGUAUCUCCACGAUGGAACAAUACACGGGUGGUAAAAUGAUGCUGUUGGAAAGCAUUCGAAUGAAGCAUUUAGGCAGAUCAAGUCUGUUCGUGUGAAAUGCUUACUGUUUAUCUGUAGGCAACGAACGGAGCUUUACACUCUUGACUGCAAAGCCAAACACCUGCUUGCACAUGAUUUUCGUCAUUAUGAUCUACGGAUGAUUAACAGAAACGACAGAGCGCAGGCUAUCCCAACCAAUGUUAUGUGAUUGAUGAGAAUGGCCAACAUUUAAUUUUCUUUUUCUUGACCAGAAUUUGUAUUUAUUUUUUAUUUUAAUCUUUGAUUCUUAAAAGAAAUCCUAUGGGAGGGGACUGUGAAAGCUGGUUUUUGCCUUGUUACAUUGAUUGUAUUUUAUGUACUGUAUUUUAGGAUUUGUUUUGGAUUGUUUGUUUUGUUUUUAUGUUAAAAUAAGGCCCAGGAACAUGCUUGUCAAUAUCAAUCAAACCACAAUACUGAGGUUGAAAGACUUUUAGGGGCUGUCGACGGGAGCCAAGAGUUUAGUUUAUUUUUGUAUGAAUGAGCAAUAAAAGCAGAAUUGUUACUGUG